UGCACGCUAGUUAGCUCUGCUAGUGGCAGAGCGGCAUGUCAAAGACGUUUUAUAACUAAUUGUUAAAUGAUGCUGCGACUAGAUAUCUAGUACUGGUCUCGCCGUAGUUCCUCAGACACACGCGUUUCGUGAGGUUUGCUUAUGUCGCGAAGUUAGCUAGCUAGCUGACAGCCCUGCUGACGUUAGCUAGCAAGGUAACCACAGUGAGCAAGCUAACGUUAGCUAAUUUACCCGUUGAAGUGACCUGUCCAACCCGGCCCGACGCAAGAUAUAUCCUUCGGAGCAUACACAAUGAAGAGUUUCAGCAUAGCCCAAAACUGUCAAUGUCAUUGAGGGCUUACUGGAAGUCGUUUAAUUUAGCUAAGGGCUGCACUGAGAGUGCAAAAACUGUAAAAUGUCGAUGGUAUUGUUUGCCUCAGUGGUGAGGGUUGGGGACGGUCUGCCCCUUUCUGCGUCUACUGACUAUGAACAGGACAAAGGGCUUCAGGAGACCAAGAGGCACCUCAAAGGCCUCUCCAAAAAACUCAGCCAGUUCCCUGAUCGCUGCACGCUCAAGACUGGACAAUACAAUGUCAAUUUCACCAGCUCACUGGGUGUAGGCUACAUGAUGGUGUGCACAGAAAAUUACCCCAACGUGCUGGCCUUCUGCUUUCUGGAUGAGCUACAGAGGGAGUUCAUUGUCACCUACGAUACCAAACGCAUCAAUGGCGCUGUGAGGCCAUACUCCUUCAUAGAGUUUGACACCUUCAUCCAGAAAACCAAACAGCGCUACAACAGCCCCCGCUCCCUGUCCACCAAGAUCAACCUGGCUGACAUGCAGACAGAGAUCAAGCUGCGGCCACCCUACCAGCUCUCCCCUGAGGACCUGAGCUCUAUCAAUGGAGUCUCAAUGCACAGCCCAUCCAAAUACAAAGGCAUAGCGCCCACUCAGAUGUUAGAACCAGUGACCCUGUCUGGCAUUGUGUCCUGUGUGCUCAGUGUCCUCUGUGGGGGUCUUAACCUGCUGCGUGGUGUCCAUGCAAUAGAGAGCGUACUACAGAAUGAUGAUGAAGACUUUAAUUACGUGAUUGCCUUUUUCCUGGGCACAGCGGCCUGUCUGUAUCAGUGUUACCUGUUUGCCUACUUCUCGGUGUGGAGGAACAGCAAGUCCUUCCUGGCGUUCGCCCUCAUCUGUCUGUCCAACAUGUAUCUGUAUGAACUGAGGAAUAUAUGGCAGAUCCUCUUCCAUGUGACUGUGGGGGCCUUCAUGACACUGCAGAUCAGACUGAGACAACCACUGGGCAAAGCCCCAGACUACAACGUCUGACAGAGACCAUCACCAAAGGGACAGAAGAGCUGAUAGUACCUCACCCCCAUGGCCAGGAAGUGCAGCAUAGACUGCACUGGCCGGCCUGGAGAAAAAAAGCUUCUACGUUAACAACUAUAUCAGAUAAAAGGAAAUAGCAACAGACUACAAAUCCUGAAACCCCCUCUUCCAGGUGGAGCAGUCAAAAGAAAUGUUAAAUUUCUCAGUUGUUCUGCUCUGUCCACACCAUCAUCAGUCUCCUCUAGCAAAGGACUGUGACUUGUCUCACUGCGGACUCUAAGGAUGAACUGCCAAAGCCUGAUUCCGAUCUAAUUGGAUAAUUUUGGAAUAAAUGGGCACCCAGCCUUUCUCUGAAAAGAGAUCAAAAUUUUGUUGUCUUUGGAGCAACUAGAUUUGCUUGGGACUAUACAAUGCAAGCUCAUGUAUAUGGUCAUCUUGUCAGCACUGGUGUGUACUGCAGUAUUAGGACCUGAUUGUCAUUUCCUCAACCAUCUUAUUUUGCAGAUUUUUUUUAAUUAUAUAUUUUGUUUCCACUGUAUAUUUGUUGACAUGCGGUCUGUAAUGCUUUUUACAAAUUUAAUCCCAUUUUUAUUUAAAUUUGUGUUAGGAUUUGAAAAUUGUACAUGCAGAGUGACCUAUAUUCAUUACAAUCUCUUGCUUUAACAUACACAAACAUGCAUUGGCACACACCCAGAGCCUUUUACAUUCACAUGUCACUUCCUCGCCUACACAGCCUCAAGCAUAUGCCGGUGUCAAGUGACUGUUAAUAAACAGGAAUAUGUCUGCAAGCGCUAACGAUACAUAGCUCUGUUCUCACCUCCGGAGGCGGUCUGUGUCAUCUCUUUAUAGCCUCUGGCAUGGUUUUCCUCCCACUGAGUCCCAGGUGUAGAGCAGCACACUGUGACAGUCUCUGAUUGAGAAACAAACUUCUUGUGUCCCAAUUCUUUCACGCUCUUCACCUUGUUAUGCACAUCAGCACUCCACUAUGAAUGUAACCACAAUUGAGCUGGUGGCUUCAUGAGUGGUAGGCAGUGCACAUGUAACAAAGGGUUUCAUGGGGAAGAUUUCCCUGAACUGGUUGGUAGUAGCACCCCAGAAGUAACGCAGAACGAGUGGAGAGUAGUAGGAAUUUGGGACACAUUACUUUUCAUUGACUGUGCUUAAUUCAAUAAUUGUGCCAAUUUUUUAUAUCCUGUAUUUUUCGUGGACAGAGAAGACAGUCAUUUUAUGUAAAGGAAAGUAAAGCCAAAGAGUUCUGCUUUGUCCAUCUUGCAUCUACACUUCUGUCAGGGGACUGUAUGAUUCAUCAGUCCUCUCAGAGUUCUUUGACUGCACAGCUUAACAACAGUGGUACCACACCUACAUGACCUAGUAUCUCUUCCCACACACUGGUUCUGAUGUGAAAUGUGCUCCGUCGGCCCAGAUUAGUCGCCUUCAGAGUCCCUUUUUUUUCGCCACAGCUACAGUGAAUGUAUAACAUGUUCAGCUCAGUUUGGCUCUAAAUGGUGUGUGUCUACUUAACAAUGUGGAUAAAAUAGAUGAAAAUAAACAGGUCUCUCAGAUUUUGCAACACACAUUUGUAUUCCGUCGGCAGUGCCUGUUUCAUUCAGACACUGGAAUCAUUCGAUAUUAA